UGAUUCACUUCCAAAACAGAAAAAUAAAAUGGCGGGAGAAAAUGGAAAUGAUGAAGGGCAAACCCCUGCUGCUGUUGCGCCAGUGCAGGAUGAGUUGAUAUUAAAACAGCAGGAAGAAAUUGCCGCGGAAAUUGCCAAAUCAUCCGGACUCAUUUCUGGUUUAGAAGAUUUCUCAACUCUUGUUGCGGAUUUUCAGCAGGAUCAACAGUUUUUAGCUAAGAUUCAACAGAUAUCUCAGAGUUAUUCAAAACUUAGACGAACUAGACCUGAUGGAAACUGCUUCUUUAGAGCUUUUGGGUUUAGAUUAUUUGAGUGCCUACUGGAGGACGAGGAUAGAUUGAAUGAGCUGUUGACAGUCCUUGCUCCCUGUAAGGACGAAAUGGUUGAGUUAGGGAUGCCAGGUUUUACUGUUGAAGAUUUCUGGGAGAAUUUCAUCGUCACACUAGAAAGUCUGAAAGGGAAAGAAAAAAUUUCACUGUCGGAUUUAGAAGAAAUAUUUAACAACGAGGGUCAGUCAAACUAUCUAGUUGUUUUUCUCAGACUGCUGGUUUCAAAACAGUUGCAGAAAGAAGCAGAUUUUUAUCAGAACUUCAUAGAGGGGGAUAUUCCACUAAAGGAUUUCUGUGCUACGGAGGUAGAACCAAUGUUUAAAGAGUCUGAUCAUAUUCAUAUAAUAGGAUUGACCGCGGCAACAGGGGUUAGUGUUCGGGUCAUCUAUCUGGAUAGAGAGGGGGAGAAGGUGCAGAAUCAUGAUUUCCCAGAGGGGUCUUCUCCUACAAUCAAUCUGAUCUAUAGACCUGGACACUAUGAUAUCAUUUAUCCAAAAUAAAAAUAGACCUGGAUUAUCAAUCCAAUUUCAUCAGAACCAUUCAAUAUGGAUUGGAUGAAUAAUUGGCAGUUUACAAGGAUACAUUGAUGGAGUUGCAAAUCAGCCUAGGUUCUUAAAACCAUCAAGAAACAGUCUUUUUAAAAGGCGAAUCAGUGGAUCAGUAUGAUAAACCAAAUCUCAAAAGUGUUUUAUGUGAUUGAUUUUCUGUAACAAUAAGUUUAAAUUUACUUUCACAACUAUUUUCAAAAAUGUACGAAAUAUUAGUCUCGUGAACCCCCAAAGGAAACAUUAUCGAUUUGUUUGCAGACACCAAUAAAAUAUUGUGAAACAAUUUAGACUUAAAACAAUGUGAUAGAUUUGUCCAUAUUUUUUGGAAGAUUAAGAAAUCAUCCUAAUUUAAUUUGUAAUAUAUGUGUUUUGAAGUCAAAAUUAUUAUACUUGCUAAGAUUUAUUUUGAGACGCAAUGUUUCCGAUUUAUGUAACAGAUACAACUUCGCAUUUUCCUUUCAACCCAAUUUUGGGAAGAUUAAGUUAAUGUAAAUGUUAAUUCUUGGAAAUAUGGAGAAUUUAGAGUUGUUUGUGGUUGUGACUAGGUAGCAAAGUAAACAAACGGUCAUUGCGUACAUAACGUUUGCUAUGAAGACUUAAAAAUGUUAUUUCUAAUAUACUUUCAUUGUUUUAGGACGAUCUGUA